GCUUAUUAAUUAAUCAUCACCAUGGCUAUUUCCUUCACACCCUUCUUCUACCUCCUCCCCUUACUAUUCACUGUACUCGAAAACGUCGUCGUUAAAGGCGAUCCAGACCUAACUUUCGUCUCGAACCUCUGCGGCGGGGAGCACGACGUGAACUCCCUCAGAAAGGACCAAGCCAGGAGGCUCGCAAGUGGUGCCGCCCAAUACGCUCCGCUCACCGGCGAGGUUUGCGGCGGGACAAAUGAGGAGCCCUACUUGUAUUUUAGGGCUACAUGUUCACCGCCAGCCUCCAUCUCUCCGGCGGAUUGCGCCGCUUGUGUUUCCUACGCCGGAGAACAGCUGGUGGAGCAGAACGUGUGCGACGAUCAGUGGGGCGCCCAAAUCACUUUCGCCAGUUGUUUCCUGAGGUUCGAGACGUACCAAAUACCAGAGUGUCCGCCGCCGGCCGGGUGACGAGCUAGGAAGAAAGAAAGAAAGAAAGAAAUAUAUGUUUGUUUAACUU